AUGUCACACCAAGCUACUUCAGGAGAGCCCGAUUCCAAAAAACGCAGGAAGCGAUCAGCUAUCACCGGAGGAGAAUUGAUUGCACUUUACGAAACUCUUCAACGCGUGAGGCAGCGAAUCACCGAAAUGGCGCAGGUGGGAGAGGAUGGGGAUGGGGAUCCGGAGCAGGAGGACCUCUUUACAAUCGAUCCCGCUGCACAGAAGCUUGACGAAGUCCUCAAGAUGUUGGAGCCAAAGGUGCACGGACGGCCAGUACGUCAGAUCACUUCGUAUCCGCAUGAGGUGUUUCCACUGUCUUCCAUCCAACAAGACGAAAUCGACACUCUCAACGUUCGAGAAGGCCAAACUCUUGAGCUACGUGACGAUCCUGCUCGAUUGAACUUGGAGCAAGAACGCGGGGCGAACGAACGUGGUCGAACGAUGUACUCUAUCGCCAUCUCUACUAAAGCCAGCGCGCGUACCUGGAUCGACGCAAUUUUCUUCCGAGCUAUGGCGAUGCUCUCAUCAUCGUUGGUGGAGCAGAGAAAGCAGCUCGUUCUUGGUCUCAAGCUAUCUGUCUCCACCACUGUUGGCCAGGCGGUCUUGAAAGGAUUCAUAGAUUACACUAUCCUCAAGGCCGGAAAGACUCCUGCUGCUUCAUUCCUACGAGCUCCUCAGCUGAGCAAACUCGCCAAAGAGUCCGACCCUGCGCUCUUCGUCGCGGAAGCGAAAGCGGUUGGCGUGCCUCUUGGCCAGCAAGUCCCACAGGCGCUGGGGGAAAUGUAUGCCUGUGCCGGAGCUCUCAAAAAGAGUAUUAUACGUGGCGCGUUGACUGACGGGCGUGUCUGGAUUUUCCUUCUUUUGAAGUUAAAUGCCGAUGAGCCUGGCGCAACCUACCACGUAUCACACGAGGUCUCGAUUAUGGGAGCGGGCCCCCUUUUCCGUCCCCAAGUUGAUCCAAAGGCGUGUGCGAUCAUUGCUGCCAUCCUUGCUUAUUGGAUUGAACACAGCUUUGAGGAUAUUGGAGAUGAGGACUGGUUUAAGUUUACAUCUCAAUGA